AUGUAUCCUGAAAAAUGUAAAUGGCUAAAUUAUGAUAAAACUUUAUUUUAUCCUCUUUUACAAGCAUAUCCCAAAAAACAAUCUGAAUUACUAUUAACAUUUCAUAUUAAACCUCCAAAACGUAUUGCUAUAUAUUUAUCGUGUAAAAAUCUUACAAUAAGAUAUAUAUUUCCAUUUCUUUAUCCUAUUCCAAAUGAAAUUCAAGUAGUACCUUUAGAAAAAACAAUAUAUUUAUCUCCUGUAUUUAUGCAUUAUUCUUUAGGUAGAAAUUCUAAAUAUAGUACAAUAUAUUCUGAAUAUAAAACUUUAACUGAUACAAUGAAUUUCUCAAAAAAUAUGCGUUCAUUAAUAUUAUAUUCUGGAAUGGUUGGUGCUUAUCUUGAAGAUAAUUAUCUAAUAGCAGAUACUUCUUAG